UCACCGUGUCACUGUUCCGGGUGGUAAUUUCUUAAGUACUUGUUUGUUAAUUGUUGCUUAAUUUAGUAAAAUCAUAAAUUGUAGAAUGGACCCGAACGUGAACCUCAACGGCAACCACUCCGAGGGAGAUAGCGUGUCUCCCCAGCAACUUAAUGCGAACCAGAACCAGAAUGUUCCUCAUCAGGAAGCCCCGCACGGUGGACUCGCUGGGAUCCCACAGAUGGAUCCUGCUCUCGUGAUGCAGCUCAUGCAACAAAUGCUGAUCAUGAAUCAGAAUACAUUGGCUAGACAGCCUGAGCCAAGGAUUACUUUGGAGAAAUUGAGGAAGAAUGGUGCUGAAGAGUUCCUCGGUGAGAACAUCGCUGAUCCGUUGGUAGCUUUCCGGUGGCUGGAGCUCGUACGCCGCGUGUUCGAGAACUUGAAGGUCCCCAUGGGUGAGUGGGCUGAUCUCGCUGUGAUGUUGCUGCAGAACAAUGCGUAUGAGUGGUGGAAACGCACCACGCGCAAUGCCGACCACCCUACCCAGUUGACGUGGGAGUAUUUCGAUCGCGUGUUCAGGGAGGAGUACAUUCCAGAGUCUUUUGUCGAGGAAAAACGAGAGGAAUUUGUGCGCUUGGAGAUGGGGACCAUGAGCCUUCCAGAAUACCGUCAGCUCUUUGACCACCUGGCAGAGUUUGCUCAAGAUCUGGUGAAUACUCCAAAGAGACGCUGUGAUAGUUUUGUUAAGGGCAUGCGCAUGAACCUCCAGGAGGGUAUGUCUACGGCGUCCAGGCAAGACUUUGGCGUCAUGUAUGAGCAAGCUAAGGAGGUGGUCAGGACCAGAGAGGGAGCGAAGCUGAUAGCGGAGCAGAAGGCGAAUAAGAUGCCGGUGCAGGUAGCCAGUGCUGGUAAGGCCUAUUCGGGGAAGAGACUUUUGAGUGGGUCUGGUGUUCAGUCGUCCAAGAAAGCCAAGUCAGGACCAGCUCACUCAGUGGCAUCGAGCAGCAAGACAAGGCCAUCAAAGCAUUCGAUGUGUGAAUCUUGUGGAAGGAACCAUCCAGGGGAGUGUUGGAGGACUUUAGGGUUGUGCAUGGGAUGCGGACAGUCUGGACAUUUCAGGAGGGAUUGUCCUACUAAUCCUGGUCUUCCAUUCCCUACGGCUGCAGCAUCCACCCAGACAACGGCUCCUCGACCUGCCCAGAGUCAGCGUUCGACAGCCGGGUCACAGCCGCAGCGGCCCCCGCAACAGCGGCAGCCUCAGGCUGCACCACAUCAGCAAGGCAGGGCUCCAGCGAGGACGUACGCUAUGCAAGGGCGUGCCGAUCCUAAUCCUGACGUCAUACUUGGUAUGUUCACACUCUUUGGUUCGGAUUUGUUGGCGUUGAUUGAACCUGGGUCUACACUAUCAUAUAUAUGUGUUCCUUUGCCUGCUAAUUCUGUUGUCGCGAGAGGUCAGUUGGAGAGUCCGAUGCUGGUGUCCAAUCCCCUUGGGCACAGUAUGAGCCUACAUCACGUCUACCGACAAUGUCCUUUGACCGCGCAUGGGAAGAUCUUUCCCGCAGAUCUUAUCGAACUUCCAUACAAGGAAUUUGACAUUAUCCUUGGAAUGGAUUGGCUUACUGAGCACCAGGCAGUCGUAGAUUGCAGAUCAAGGAUCGUACGGUUGAGAGCACAGGACGGAGACACAAUCAUGAUCGAUGGGGAGUUAUUUCCCAAGGCGCCUGAGUUUAUCUCUUAUAUGCAAGCCAAGAGAUUGAUUCGAAAGAAAUGCGAGGCGUUCCUAUGCACCGUAAAAGAUGUACGGAAGGAGCCUCCUAGCCUUAAGGAUAUUCUUUCCGUACGUGAUUUUCCUGACGUGUUUCCUGACGAGCUACCAGAUGCGGAAAUCCGGAAUGCUCAGGUGGAUGACGAGUUUUGUCGCAUCACACGGGACCUUGUCUCUAGUGGGAAGAGACCUGAGUUUACUAUUGGUGCUGAUGGAAUCUUGUUUUUCCGCAACCGUCUUGUGGUACCAUGCGGGGCCGUGAGAGAGCGGCUGUUACGCUGCUACGAUUGGAUAUGGGGCUGGAAGUUGGGGAGUGGGAUAUUGGCGAUUGAUACACAGUGGACGCGGAAGAUGAAGAAUCUUGGGAGCCUGGCACGGUUGAGGAAAGUUGGACGAGAUGGUGCCAAGACGUCGCGGCUUCCUUGGUGGAGAGCCGGGUUAGGAGGGGUCGGACGGCCGGGCUGGAAUCCGGGUCGGCUCAGGUUGAGCCGAAGUGGGUGGCGGUUUUGGGUGAGGAAUGAUUUGAAGAGGGAGAGGAAGCUUCCAGGGUUCUUCGACAGGGAGGUUUAUAACAUCCUCGACGGUGAUGCCGAAGAUCCGUGGAGAUUGGCUCUGGCUUUGGGCCCAUCCGUGGAGACCGGUGCCGAAGAUCUGGAGGCGGAGGGGCGGGAGAAGCGCGGCGGCCUAUGGGCUAUUUUCCGAUUUUGAGCCGUCUGGGCAGUAGGAGACUGGAAAGGGGUAUUUUGGUCAUUUCACAGGGUUAGUCAACCUCCCUUAAAAAUGACCAAAAGUCAAAACGUAAACUUUAAUACCAGGCAGAGGAAGUAUGUGUUAACCAAUAUUAUAAACAUAGUAGGAGUAAAGAAAACAAAUUUUUAUUGAUAUUCUCUACUACCUCCGUCUCAGAGUAUUUAUCUAAUUUGACUUUUCCAAGUCAAAUUGGAUACAUUUUGAGUCCUAAUUAAGUAAAAACUAUAAUCUAUA